AUUAGUUUCCGCCGUUGCUAAGGGUGCGAAACAAACUGAAAACUACAAGAAACUUAAUAAAAUGCCUCCAAAAGCAAAGAAAAAGGAAAAGAAAGAGGAAGAAGAUGAUGCAGACAGUAAGAAAGAAGAGAAGAAGUCUAAGAAGAAAGGGAAGUCGAAAGGUAAAUGUAAUGUGGACAUGCUGACUGAUGCGGCGAUGGAUAAUGUUUACUACGCGUGUCAUAAUGUACAAGAAUUGUUGCAAGCUCGAGGGUUCAAUCAUCCUGACUUCGCUAAGAAGAAGAAGAAGCGGUAAUUGUAGCAGCGACUGCCGAGUUGAAGGUCAA